AUGGACAAUCAACAAAAGCCCAGCCUAUCACUCGCCAUACCCUCGGAUACAUCGUCAUCCUCAGCACCUUCUUCUUCAACAGUAGAUAAUGAUAGAACUGUCUAUGUAUCCGGUAGAACUCCGUCAGCACCACCACGUCCGCCAAAACCACAAGAUUUGGAUUUGUCGAAUAGUGAUAUCCAAGAGAGUGAUCUGAUCAUUAUAGACAAAUUGGGUGAAGGUGCAGGUGGAUCAGUAGUUAAAGUCAAGCAUAAAUCUUCUGGUUUGAUUAUGGCCAAGAAAUCAAUGUCGACUUCACCAGAUCCAGCUAUCCACAAACAAUUAUUACGUGAAUUACAAUUCCUUAAACAAUGUCAACAUGAAACUAUUAUAAAAUAUUACGGCGCAUUCCUCACAAAUGAGAAUACUGAAGUUGAUGUUUGCAUGGAGUACGCAGAAGGUGGUAGUCUUGAUAGGAUAUACAAGCAUAUCCGUCGGAGGCAAGGUAGAACUGGUGAGAAACCUCUAGGAAAUAUUGCUGGUAGUGUUCUCCGAGGAUUAGAAUACCUUCAUAGUAUGAAAAUUAUCCACAGAGAUAUAAAACCAUCUAAUAUAGUUAUAACGCGAAAUGGUCAAGUGAAACUCUGUGAUUUCGGUGUUAGUGGUGUCUUAGAAGGAAGCGUAGCAGAGACAUUCACUGGAACACAAUUUUAUAUGGCUCCUGAAAGAAUGGACGCUAAGGGUCAAGGUUAUAGAGUAAACUCCGACGUCUGGUCAUUGGGAUUAACUUUACUAGAAGUUGCUCUGAAUAGAUACCCAUAUCAAGAAGUCAAUGAAGAACCAGUUGGUCCAAUAGAAUUGAUUAACAUGAUAACACUAUCAAAACCACCUGAGUUAUCAGAUGAACCUGAAAUUGGACUUAAAUGGUCAUCCGGUAUAAAAGGAUUUAUAAAGAAGUGUCUUGAUAGGGAUCCAUCUACUAGGCCAUCACCAUCUGAGUUAUUACAAGACAACUGGGUGAAAAAGACUUGCUACAAAUUCCCAGCUGAUCGUCUAUCAGUAUGGCUUGCACAGGUUUGGGAAUGGGAGAUGCCAAGUAUACCAAGGCAAGCAAAGCCAAUCAAAAGAAGGCAACCAUUGCCCCACCAAAUACAACAGCCGGUAAGACAACAACAACCUCAUAAAGUACAAUCACAACAGCAACAACAACAACAACAAACAUUUUACAAUCUUAACUACAAUUAA